UGUAACUCAUCAUCAGCAGACUGUGUGCUUGUACAGAAAGUAUAUAUAUGUAUAUAUUCGUACUUAUUUAUAGUGGACUUUCCUGUUUUCUCCUUUUUUUCUUUCUACUUUUUUUUUUCUUAUGGCACCACAUCCAGUAAAUAUCACUUCUAACCGUCAUUUCUAUCCCAAUAAACUACCUGCUAUUCCAACAAAGCAGCACUGUCUUCGAGUAAAAAAAUUGCUGAAUCUCGAAAAGCCGAUUCAGGAAUCGCUUGAACUUGUAUAUUUAAAAGGCAAAAAUAAAGCCACAAGAGACAGUACAGAUGUUGAGUUGGAAUUUCGACAAGAAAGUAAUUUUUUCUAUCUUACAGGUGUUGAUGAACCUGGCUUCCAAGUAGUGAUUGAUUUACAUUGCGAAAAAAUAUAUUUAGUUACACCAAAUGUGCCUGAAUACGACGCCUUUUGGAAAGGACCAAGUUAUGAUCCUCAAGAACUUUUAGAGCGCUAUGAUAUUGAUGAAGUUAUAGAUGAGUCUCAACUACCAGAAUUAUUGAACAUGCUGAAUCCAGCUAUAGUUCAUAUUAUUCAACAUCAGUCCACCAUAGCAUUCCUUAAUCGAGUUCUUCCUACUUGUAAAAUAGACCAUCAGUUACUCUUACCUGCCCUUAACGAGGCAAGGCUCAUCAAGUUUCCUUGGGAAAUCAAUAUUAUACGCCAAGUCAUGCAUGGAUCCUCACAAGCACAUAUUGCAUUGAUGCGACAAUUUAGACAGGGUAUGACAGAAGCCCAUCUAUCCGCCCUGUUUCGAUGGGCGUGUGCUCAACAUCAAAUAUACAAACAGGCUUAUCUGCCCAUCGUUGCUUCAGGUCCUCGAGCAGCUAUUUUACAUUACUCGAAAAACAGUCAGCCUAUACCAAAUGGUCCUCAUACACUUGUGUUAGUAGAUGCAGGUGGUGAAAAGCACUGUUACGGGAGUGAUAUCACAAGAACGUUUCCUGCUCAUGGGAGAUUUUCAAAUGAAGCAAAAACUAUCUACAACAUUGUACUGAAGAUGCAGGAGGCUGUUUUAUCCAUAUUAAAACCUGGUGUCUAUUGGAAUGAUCUUCAGAACUUGGUAGUCAAAAUCCUAUGUAAUGAGCUCGUCAAAAUCGGUAUUAUUGUUCAUGACGACCAAGAGGAGCUUAUACAACUAGGUGUUCCUAAUGCUUUUUACUAUCAUAGUUUAGGUCAUACAGUCGGACUGGAUGUACAUGAUGUAGGAGGACGAGAGCAAAAAAGGCCUGAAGAUAUAGACGUAAAUGAUCCACCAACAACAGAAAUAGAGUUUUUGCCGUAUAGACCUUUGGAAAAAAACAUGGUUUUGACAGUGGAACCAGGUCUUUAUUUCAAUCGUACUAUGCUGAAUAUCUGGACACAAUUUCCAGGGUAUCAAAAAUAUUUUGAUUUGAAUGUAUUAGCCAAGUAUGAAAAUGUAGGCGGUGUUCGCAUUGAAGAUACAAUAGUAAUUACUGAAACUGGUUAUGAAAAUUUGACACUGGUGCCUAAACAAGUCCAUGAAAUUGAAGCAUUGAUGAAUCCUUUCUCAACUCAAGAAGCUAUACAUCCUUAAAUAUAACAAUUUGCUACACAAGUCAAGGAUGAUCAUUCUAAAUCCAAAGUUGCAAUAGAUUUCUGCAUUCCAUCACCGUAUCACAUAAACAAGUUUUUCUUUUCUUUUUGAAAAAGGCGUAAAAACAAAAGAAAGUUACAUUCUAACUACUUUUGAAUCGGCACAAACUCCAGCAGCUACCAUAAGGAAAAAAAAAGUGAUUUUCUAGACAUCAAAAGCGAAAUAAAAGUAACACACAUAAGAUGAGAGUGAUGGACCUUAUAAAAAAAACCUAUUUCUCUUUCUAGGUUUGGAGUAUUUCGAGAAAAAGAAACGUAUUUUCUGCAAAAAAGAAAAUGGACUAUAUGCUAAAAAAUGCAUCUCUACUUCAAUAAAG